AGUAACAUUUGAAUUGUUUUAUAUCCUUCCCAAGUUGUGUUUAAUGAUACUACAGUUGUGGAGCUAGUGUAUCAAUGAAGUUAUGUCAUAGCUAGGGAUGGGAAUUGAUAAGAUAUUCUUUUUACUGGUCCGAUUCUUCAUCAAUUCCCUUUUCCUGAUAAAUUCUCUGUGUGGAAAAAAGUAGGCCUGCACAGGUUUUCAGCAUCAACUGUUUUAUUAUCUGUGAGUCUGAACACAGUGUAGAAACAUAGUGGAAAGCAGGCUGGAGCAAGUGAUUCUACUCAGAGAAGGGAUUGUUUGAAGAUCACCCCCCAAGUUCCCUCAGUACUGUACUACACUGCAGUGUGGUGAGGCAGUGGCCUGUCAGCUAGCCUGUUAGCCCCAGUUGAUGGUCUGCUGUCUGUUAGUUAGCUCCGUUAGCUCCAGCAGCAGACCGACAGAACAGCGGCUAUCCCUGCAGCCCGGCCCGGUCACAGUACCAGCCAGGCAUUCCUCUUCUGCAGGCUAUGCCUUUGUCCACAUGGAAAACAAGGAAGAUGCGCUCCAGGCCAUCGAGGCCCUGCACGGCACCUCAUUUAAGGGCCGUCCCCUAUCCGUGGAGCUCUCCAAGGUCCAACCCAGCAAACAGGCACCUACAGGGAAAAUCCCCUGUGUUAACUGUGGAAAGCAGGGCCACUAUGCUGGAGAAUGCCCCGUGGGGAAGCCCUCUCUGGAGCAGUACCAGAGUCAGGCAGCGGUCCUGGCCGCCGCUGCUGCUGCUGCCGCCGGCCUGCCAUUACAGGUCCAACAAAGCGUGCACAAUUCAGUCUACAACACCUCCACGUUUGAUCCCACAUACGCAGCUCUCACAGGGAUCACGACAGGCACACGCACUGAUGGAAAUCCAGUGAAUCCAGCUGUUUAUGGUGCCCUUGCCAGCCAGGUGUAUGGUGCCAAUGUCGCCAAUCAGCUUUAUGGAACGGUAGCCAAUCAGGCAGCUCUUACAUCAGGCGCUACGCAAGUAUACAGCUCGAUGACCCCUAACAUCUACGGCCAGGUGGCUGCAAGUCCGGCGGCGGCGGCUGCUGCAGCAGCAGCUGCGGCUGCCUACACAACUCCGGUUUACACCCCAACUAUGGCCAACCCUCCCGUCUAUCUGGCUGCUGCUCAUGGAUUAGAAAUGCCAACAGCAGCGGCUGCAGUCAACCCCGCCUACACUGUAGCUCCAGCAAUUUAUGGUGCUGCCACGCCAGCCUACGCUCAUAUAAGCGCCAUGGGUGCGGCGGACCCUACCACAGCCCUCUUUGAGGCAGCCAGGCAGGCACAUUAUUUUGCUCAAGGCCAGCAGGUAGUGGCUGAACAGCAGUCAGUAGCUGCAGCAGCGGCAGCAGCUGUGGCAAAGUCUGGGGAAAGGGACCGUAGUCCCCUACGGAGGUCAGCACCCCUUUUACCAGACCCAGUGAUGAAGCCGUUUAUUUACCAGAGAGCCAAGCCACGCCGACCCUUGCUCCCCACACCAGCGGGUCGAGCAGCAGAAGAAGCAGUGGAGGCUGCAGAGGACCCCAUGGCCAGGUACUAUGCGGAGUACUACCAGCAGCUGCAGCAGUACCCCCAGUUCCAGUAUGCCUACCCGCCCCCGAGCACAAUGACAGCCCUCCCUGGCAUGCCGGGAGUCUCUGCUGUGCCAGCAGUCCCCACUGUCUCCGCGAUGUCUGCCCAACCGGUCGCCACGCUGGACGCCCUCAGGCCAGUGGUCCCCACCGCUGCGGCAGUAGCAGCCGCCAUGGCUGCGCCCAGGGUGUAUGAGCCGCCGUUGCCGCCGCCCACGCGCAAGGAGGCCAUCCUCCGCCGCCCCGAACUCUCCCUUCACACGCCUGAGCCCCCCUUCCGAUAGUCGCACACAACUCUAUGCCCCCCCCCCCCCCCACCCCUCCUUCUUUGCCCUAAACCUCACCCCUUGACCCACCUCCUCUUCCACCCCAAACUUGACCACCUUACAGCAGCUGUAUG